AUGUCCUUUCGACGAACGGAUCAACAGACGGCCUUAAGUAUUUUCUUCCAAGAAGUCAGUGUGGCCAACUGCGGAGGAGGCGGCCAUGCCCAUCACCUCCAUUACAAUCAGUUAUGUACGCCAGCCAAUACGCCAGCGACACCCCCGAAUUUCCCUGACGCCCUGGCCGCCUUUGCCAAACUCUCAGCUUCAGAUAAAUACGGUACCUCGCCAGGGAUCUAUUCGACAUCACCGAACCCGACAGCGGCCUACCUCACCUCCCAGCACAUGCACGGCUACGGUGCCCAACAGAUGCCUCUGCAGCCCCAACAGCAUCAACAGCAAGCCGGCCAUCGGUCGACUUAG